CACUACGUAGUACUUGUUAAAUUACCCUCUUCUUUUUCAAGACCAAAACAGGGAAACUAAAAAUGGAUCGAUCCCAGAAUGCGAGCCAUCAAGCUGGGCAAGCCAUGGGACAGGCUCAGGAGAAGGCAAGCAACAUGAUGAACAGUGCAGGGAAUGCUGCUCAAUCUGCCAAAGAAUCCUGCCAAGAGGCUGGCCAGCAAAUGCAGCAAAAGGCACAAGGGGCUGCUGAUGCUGCCAAGAAUGCAGUUGGGGCUAACAAAUGAAUCUAGUGGAUUGGAGAUCCCUCUAAGUGGCUAUUAUUAUAUAUGUCUUUCAAUUUUUGGUUUUUUGGCUUUAUUUAUGCAUUGAUAUGCUUUUGCUUUCAGCAUUAUUUCCCUUUUCAGACGGAUUAAUGUGACUGGUUGUGUACCAGACAAUCAACUUUCACAUUUUCAAUAAAAAAAAUAUAAGUUUCCAUGCAA